UUCAGUUCGUUCGUGACCGUGUCCGCUCUAGCUGUAGCUCUCUGUACUCGCGGUUCUCCGCUCGAUUUCAAAAUAGACAAACCGCUCGUGAGAUCCCAAGUACUUUGUUAGUUUUUUUUAUUUUUUGUGCAUGUUGUUAUUGUUUUCCAAACUGUACAAGCUGUUGCACGUGUCAAGUGCCAAACAAUUACAAUUAUUUACAAUAAAUUCAACAACAUUUUGAAAAAUGGGCUGCGCAAUGGGCACCGUUAAAUACUCAUUAUUCCUCUUCAAUGCAUUAUGGGGGAUACUUGGCAUUGUGGUCAUAGUGUUUGGCGGCCUUGGCUUGGGAGCGAUGCCUGAGAACUAUGCCAUUGGCAUCAUGAUACUGGGCGGCUUUAUACUGCUCAUCUCGAUAUUUGGAUGCUUUGGCGCCAUUCGUGAGUCAUAUCGCAUGCUGUGGACGUAUGUGACGCUGCUGUUGGUGCUGAUUGUGCUGAUCGUCGUCUUUAUGCUGUUCAAUACCCGAGAUACUUUCAAACAUUAUGCCAUGCAAAUGGUGGAGGAUCAGUGGCAGCAGGAGCUGAUCAAGCCAGGUAGCAUGGAUCACAUACAAAAGACGUACACAUGCUGUGGUCGCUAUGGAGCUGAUGACUACUUCAGCAUUGCACAUAGGAAUGAUACUGUGCCCCUGAGCUGUUGCAGAGGCAACCAUUGUGUGAAUCCCUUGCAUGUCUACAACGAGGGCUGUUUGAGCAGUGUGGAAAAGGCAUUUGCCGAUGAGGCCACAACAACGCAAUACUGUGAAUGGGGAUUGCUGGCAUUCGAUCUGAUAAUAUUGGCGCUUGCCUUUAUACUAGCCAUACAUUAUUCGAAUCGCAGGCGUCGCUACAAUUAUUAGUUUGCUGUUAGUUUACUUUAAGUCAGACUUGCACUCGUAACUCAGGUUUAAGUGUCACCCAUGUACCUAUGCCACUUUGGGCUGAACACCGAUCCAACUGUGUUCCCUUGCCAAGCAAACCCAGUGCCUAAAAAUAUAAUUUAACUUCAAGAUAAAGAA